CGAGGAAGAGCAAGAAGCAGAGUGUAUAUGUGCAAAGGCACUAGACCUUCCAGUUGCUGCCAGCGUCUGGGAGAGUGUGCCUGAGUGAGAGAGAGAGAGAGAGAGAGAGAGAGAGAGCGAGAGAGAGAGUGAGAGAGCAGAAAGGAGGAGUGAGGGAAAAGCUGAAGGAGUGAGAAAGGAAGGAAGGAAGGAAGGGAGAAGAGAAGGAGUAGGUGAUUACGAUCAUGCUGUGCUGUAUGAGAAGAACAAAACAGGUUGAAAAGAAUGAAGAUGCAGACCAAAAGAUUGAUCAAGACACUAACAAACCCGAGGAUAAGGCCCACAAGGCAGCCACUAAAAUACAAGCUAGCUUCCGUGGCCAUAUAACAAGGAAAAAGCUCAAGGGAGAAAAGCAGCAGAAUGGAGCAGCUGUGGGUGCUGCUUCUCCUGUAGAAGCUGAAGGCAAGAAAGAAGGCAAAUCUGCAGCAGCAGAGCAAAAGGAAAAGGAAACUCCAGCUACAGAGUCAGCUGCUUCCAAUGACGUUAAACAUGAAGAAGCAGAUAAAGCAGCAAGCAGUUCUGAAAGGGGCCCUUCAGAAAUCAAGCAGGGUGAUGAAGUACCAGUUUCUGAGACAAAAGCAGAGGCUUCGGAAAAGGCCAAGGUGGAUGUGCCUGAAGGGAAAUCUGCCAGCAGUGAGAAGGCAGCUACCCCUGGAACAGAAAGUGCUACUACUGUUUCUACUGAAAAUGCCCCGUCACCAAAGGCUACUGAGGCCUUGGACAAGGGGGAAGUCAAACAAGCCGAUGUGCCUGCUGCUGACACAAGUGAGACUACACCCAAGCCUACAAAAGAGGCAUCUGAAAGCAGUCAGUCUUCAGAGAAAACAGAUUCUGUAGAAGAAACCAAACCCACUGAAAGUGCCCAAGAAGAGGUGCAGGAAGAGGAAAAAGCAGCUGAUGAGGAAGCGGUUUGAAGUGAAAGGAAGCCCGUUUCCCUUUCUGAGCCUCAUUUACAUGUGGACCAAACCACCAUCCCGUACCCACCCCUACCUUCUCUCUCUCUGUGUGUGGCAGAAAAAAACUAAAACAAAAAAAAGGCAGGAAAGAUUUUGCAGUCAAACAGUGUGGCUUCAUAUAAGUGUUCUUGAUGUUGUUAUGGCAGUUUUGGUAUGACCAAUUCUUUGGAAAUCCUUUGCACUGUAUUCCCAACUUUUCUUCUGGCUCUCUCUCUCUCUGUUCCAAAUGUGUGCAAUUGUUCCAUUCUUUUAACCAAGUUCAAACUAUACGUGAGUUCAUAACACAAUAACUCCUUUUAAUGUGAUAUUGGAAUGAACAUUAAACUAAAACAAUUUUGUCUCCAAAAAUAAAGCAGAUGUGCCAAUUAAAUUCAA